AUGGGGGUUUUGAGGCAUUCUGAGCUCAACGAUGAGUUGCUGUGGGGUUCCUGUGAAACAAUUCAAGCCUUCUCUCGACCUCAGCCAGCUUUUUUAACUCAGAAGUUGUCUUUUUCCUCCUCUGUUACAUCACCUGAUUUGUCACAAAAGGAAUCAAAUACAGAUUCAUCGACAGAGAGUUCACUGGGGAAUAAAGGAGAGGAACCUGUUGAGCCUGUUAGUCAAAAGAAACCAGACUCAGUAGGAAAAGGGGAAGCUGUGAAGAGAGCACGGACAGAGCCCAAGAAUAAUGUGAAGAAAAAUGAGUCAGAGUCAGAAUCAGAAUUAGAUUCGGAUGAAGAGAAGGAACUUACUACAGAGGAUUUGAUUCGGCUUGUAGACGAGAAAGAAGAACUAUUGAUGGUUAAGCACAAAGAAAUUCAGUCAAUGCAGGAGAAGGUUCUUCGGAGCUAUGCAGAAGUUGAAAAUGUCAUGGAUAGAACAAGGCGUGAUGCAGAAAACUCAAAAAAGUUUGCAAUACAGAGCUUUGCCAAGAGCUUGUUAGAUGUUGCAGAUAAUUUGGGAAGAGCUUCAUCUGUUGCAAAGGAAAGCUUUAGCAAGUUAGACGCCUCAAAAGAUUCAAAUGGUGCUGCAGCACUUCUGAAAACACUCUUAGGAGGAGUGGAGAUGACAGAAAAACAACUAUCUGAUGUGUUUAAAAAGUAUGGAAUUGAGAAGUUUGACCCAAUAAAUGAGCAAUUUGAUCCUCAUAGGCAUAUGGCAGUAUUUCAAUUUCCAGAUGCAAGUAAGGAAGUUGGCACUGUGGGUGUGGUCUUAAAGCUCGGCUAUAUUCUCCAUGACAGAAUUAUACGCCCUGCUUAGGUUGGUGUUGUGGAGGCUUUUCUACCUGAUUUGGAGUAGUUUUGUAUUAUUUUGAUUUUUUCAGGAUAUCUGAAGCAACAACCAAUUUCCUGUUGACUUAAGUUAUCUGAUUAGCAAGGGUAGGUUCAAGACCAGAGUUUUGGCUUUUUCUGGCAUUGAAAACUCAUUAUAGUCUUUGUUUUAAACUAUAUUAUGCAUUGGAAGUACAAUUUAAGGACAUGGUUAAUCUAUUGCAGAGAAGUUUCAAGAAGCUGUUAAAGUGACAAUUUUGUGUACCGGUAUUUUUGUCGAAGUGACAAAUGCAUGGGAUGUCUGAUCUCUUGAUCAUGUUUCAUGUAGCAUAUUUAAGUUCUAUUUGUAGACUGUAACUAUUGCUUCCAAUAUGAGUGUAGAUUAUUCAUUACUAUUGAUGGUA